CACUUACUCCACCUACUUAACCUUACUCGCUAACUCUCUAAAACAUCAAUAAACAUCAAGCAAGCCUAGAAGGCCCAUCGACGAUCGAAGACCUGAUUGUUAAGCCCUAGAAAGACCCUUGCCGCUAAACCCCAAUUUUCCUUUCCAAUCAUGGCCUUCGCUUCCAUUAUCCGGAGAUCAGCCUCCACAGUCGCUCCAAUCGUGACUCGACUGGCGCGGGGCCAGCGAAGCUUCGGUUCGGCUCUUUUUACGGCCCUGAACCACCAUGUCAAUAUUUCUCGCGAACACUCUGUUUCAUUUCCAUCCUACUAUUCUACGGCAGCUGCUAAGAAGCCGAGCAACACUGAAUCUCUUCUCCGAGUUAUUGAGGCUGAGAUACAGUGCGCCCGGGAGACCGACGAUCAUGAUCGGGUUGAGGAGAUUCCUAAAGGCUUCCCUUUCAAGAUUGAAGAUAAUCCUGGAGAACAGAUUGUAACACUGACAAGAGAGUAUGAGGGUGAGAUGAUAAAAGUCUUAGUACAAAUGCCUGGUCUCGUUACUGGAGAAAAUAAUGACAUAGGUGAUGAUGAUGAUGACAAUCAGAAGGCCAAUCAAUCUAGUGUUCCACUGGUUGUUACCAUCUCUAAGAAGAGUGGUCUUGCACUGGAAUUCAACUGUGUUGCUUACCCUGAUGAGAUUGCUAUUGAUGGCUUGUCAGUUAGACAUCCAGAAAAUUCUGAGGAUCAGUUUGCUUAUGAGGGGCCUGACUUCCAUGAUUUGGAUGAGAAUCUGAGGAAGGCCUUCCUCAAGUAUUUGGAGAUCAGAGGAAUAAAAUCCAGCACAACCAAUUUCCUACACGAGUACAUGAUCAACAAAGACAGUCGAGAAUACUUGUUUUGGUUGAACAACUUUAAGAAGUUCAUUGAAGCAUAAAUUUGUGGUUCCUAUAGAGUCCUAGUGGAGAAUUGCUACAGUUUAUGCGCUUUCUCUUGUGUUAGUAAUGACGCAACCAAAUCGCACCACUACUGAAUUACUAUAAUGAUGAAGUUUAUUGAAGUCCCAAGUCCCAAGUUUUUGUUUAAUGGCAGAUAGUGAAAUGGGAAGUAGUUUGAGGUUGCUCUACUAUUUGUGUUCAACUGCAAUACUUGUCUGGAUCAAUUUGUUGAUUGCUUUGGUAAAAGGGUUUUCUUUAUAUGUUAUUUUGUUUCUGCCACAUUGGCCUC